AUGCUGAACCUUGAAACAGGCGAAAUGGAGUACGGUACGGUCGGCGGGUACGACCGGGAGCGUAUCUACCUCGACAAGGAGACGGGCGAAGUGAGCAGCGAUCCAACAGAGCCGGCCGGUUCGCGGCGGCGGCGGUCCAAGUUUCACAUCCCGAAGCAGUACCUUCGCAACCAGUGCGGCAUCAUAGCCCGGCGUCCGCCACCGGUACCGGCCGUGCCGAGCGUUGGCUGUGCCAUGAUGGCGUGCAAGCAAAAGAUGAUACCGAUGAUGAAGGAGGAGAUCACGGUCGGCUAUAAUGGUACCGCCGCACAUCUGCUCUUCCUUCUGCCGCUGCUGUUUAUGACGCCGAAACUGUUCGCACUGGUUAUCACGUUCGUCGAAGCGAUACUGCACAUGUGGGCUCACCGGAAGAACAGCACAAACGCCAAUCAGGACGUUUACUACCGCAGCCCGAUGCACGUGGUGACGCGCAACUUUUGCGAAAUUUGCCGCCACGAGCGUUUGAUGGGCCGAGUCGGUAAGCUGCAGGACGUGCGCAUGAAGCAGAUGCAAAACUACUUCCGGAAGGUUACGCGAAACAUUGCCUAA